AUGCCCAUCUCACAUAAAGGCCUGUCUCUCGGGACCGAAACAAUGGAGCCUCCGCCGGUCGACGCACCUCUCAAAACACUGCACAACUUCUACUGGUCGUCGCACAAGGAGCCGCAUGCAAUCCGGAGGCACGCAAUCUUGAAGUCCCAUCCACAGGUGAAAAAACUUAUGGGACAUGAACCGCGCACCAAGUUCAUCGUGGUUGGCGUGGUGGCACUGCAAUGUACGGUUGCAUACCUGCUGCGCAACACGCAUCCCCUGAGUCUGAAGUUCUGGCUGUGUGCAUACGUUAUCGGCGCAACUGCUAACCAGAAUAUUUUCCUUGCAAUCCACGAGCUUUCGCACAACCUUGCGUUCCGCAAGCCUUUGCAUAACAAACUCUUUUCUGUCUUCACGAACACGCCGAUCGGUGUCCCAUAUGCCGCGUCUUUUGCGCCUUACCACCAGCUUCAUCACAAGUUUCUGGGUGACGAGGUUUACGACACGGACAUUCCCACCAAAUUCGAGGCGUUGGUUCUAUCUAACGUGUUGGGUAAGGCAUUUUUCGCCACAUUCCAAAUCUUCUUUUAUGCAUUGAGACCCAUGUUUGUUACAUCCAUCCCCAUGUCACUUCUACACCUUCUCAACGUUGUGUACCAGUUCACUUUCGAUUAUGUGUGGAUCCAUUCGUUUGGUUGGAAGUCAUUCAUGUACUUCCUGAUAUCCUCGUUCCUCGCCGGCUCACUUCACCCAUGCUCCGGACACUUUAUCGCUGAGCACUAUCUCUUGAACCUCGAAGAGGCGCUUGCAGGCGGCAAGCUUGCGCUCAAGCACACCCCUGCUGAAGAUGAGGAGAUUCAUUCCACUGAUAAGUCCAAGAUCAGCCGGGCUGAUGUUGAAUUUCAGCAUCGAUAUGCUCUGGAGACCUUUUCUUACUACGGCAUUUUAAAUGUGUUCACCUGGAACGUAGGUCUUCACAACGAACAUCACGACUUUCCCUUUGUCCCCUGGUCGAGGUUGUGGGAACUCAACAGGAUGUGCCCCGAAUAUUAUCAGGACUUACCCAAGCAUGAUUCUUGGUGUAAAGUUCUCUGGAACUUUGUUUUCACCGAUGAUGUGACUUUGUACAACAGGGUCAAGCGUGUUAACAAGGAACACAUGAAUUAG